AUGAAUAUAACGUUGUUCUGUUUUAUAAUAGUGUUUGUAGAUAUCAACUGUUUAUAUGUGGAUACAAGGCAGAAGGAUAUAAAGAAACGGAGUAUACUGUUAAGAAAACUGCAAAGCUUGGAUUACAAUUCACAAAAUUCAUCACAAAUACAAACAUGGAGCGAAACUCUAGCUGAUGCGUUCGUGAAUCGCAUAUUCGCGUUCACUACAAGAAGUAAUGAGGGAGAAAAUAAUAGUAACGAUGGGACAUUCAAAAAGAAUUUAUUUGUCAAACCCUUUACAAUACUACUCGAAUGGUAUAAAGUUAAUAUAUAUGAUAAAUAUAUAAAGAAUAUAACUAUACGAAACAGCGCCAAUAACUUGCUGUUACCAAAUAAAACGAUCGAAAGUUCGAAAAAUCCGAAGAGUGAUGUGGAAAUUAUUGAACCAGCAUACCGCGGAAAGAUGUGUGAUAAUUGUAAAAGUGAAACUGAUGAGAUUGAAGUGAAAAGGAAUAACCACUGUGAAGACGGCUUAGAAAUGGAUGAAAAUGGCAACUGUGUUGAUAAAAAAGUGUCCAAAUUUAUUCUGGCCAUUCCAUAUCAUUGCCCUAUUGGAUAUAGACGAGAUUCGCAUGGAUACUGUAGAAUAACUUUGCAAUAA